AUGAAUAAGAAGGAGAUCUUCAAGCUAGCAAAGGGGUUCAGGGGAAGAGCGAAGAACUGCAUAAGAAUCGCGAGGGAGAGAGUUGAGAAAGCUCUUCAGUACUCUUAUAGAGAUAGGCGCAACAAGAAACGUGAGAUGAGAGGUCUCUGGAUCGAGCGUAUCAACGCCGGCUCUCGUCAGCACGGUGUAAACUACGGUAACUUUAUCCACGGACUGAUGAAGGAGAACAUCCAGCUGAACCGGAAAGUCCUCUCUGAGCUGUCAAUGCAUGAGCCUUACAGCUUCAAAGCACUCGUGGAUGUCUCUCGCAACUCAUUCCCUGGAAACAAGAACGUGGUCCAAGCGUCUCGGAAAGUAGACAUUUCUUCCAUCAACGCCUAG